AUGUAUAACAGGAUCAUUUCUACAGAAUCAAUUCUACAGAAUCAAUUCUACAGAAUCAAUUCUACAGAAUCAAUUCUACAGAAUCAAUUCUACAGAAUCAAUUCUACAGAAUCAAUUCUACAGAAUCAAUUCUACAGAAUCAAUUCUACAGAAUCAAUUCUACAGAAUCAAUUCUACAGAAUCAAUUCUACAGAAUCAAUUCUACAGAAUCAAUUCUACAGAAUCAAUUCUACAGAAUCAAUUCUACAGAAUCAAUUCUACAGAAUCAAUUCUACAGAAUCAAUUCUACAGAAUCAAUUCUACAGAAUCAAUUCUACAGAAUCAAUUCUACAGAAUCAAUUCUACAGAAUCAAUUCUACAGAAUCAAUUCUACAGAAUCAAUUCUACAGAAUCAAUUCUACAGAAUCAAUUCUACAGAAUCAAUUCUACAGAAUCAAUUCUACAGAAUCAAUUCUACAGAAUCAAUUCUACAGAAUCAAUUCUACAGAAUCAAUUCUACAGAAUCAAUUCUACAGAAUCAAUUCUACAGAAUCAAUUCUACAGAAUCAAUUCUACAGAAUCAAUUCUACAGAAUCAAUUCUACAGAAUCAAUUCUACAGAAUCAAUUCUACAGAAUCAAUUCUACAGAAUCAAUUCUACAGAAUCAAUUCUACAGAAUCAAUUCUACAGAAUCAAUUCUACAGAAUCAAUUCUACAGAAUCAAUUCUACAGAAUCAAUUCUACAGAAUCAAUUCUACAGAAUCAAUUCUACAGAAUCAAUUCUACAGAAUCAAUUCUACAGAAUCAAUUCUACAGAAUCAAUUCUACAGAAUUAAUUCUACAGAAUCAAUUCUACAGAAUCAAUUCUACAAAAUCAAUUCUACAGAAUCAAUUCUACAGAAUCAAUUCUACAAAAUCAAUUCUACAGAAUCAAUUCUACCGGAUCAAUUCUACAGAAUCAAUUCUACAGAAUCAAUUUUACAGAAUCAAUUCUACAGAAUCAAUUCUACAGAAUCAAUUCUACAGAAUCAAUUCUACAGAAUCAAUUCUACAGAAUCAAUUCUACAAAAUCAAUUCUACAGAAUCAAUUCUACAGACUCAAUUGUACAGAAUUAA